CACCAUUUCCCUCACAUCAUUUGAUUGAGAAGGUUAAGCUGAAAAAAAAUUAAUAGAUUAUAUUAGAGCAAUAAAAUUUAUGGGCUUCGAAAAAUUUCUUGUUAAUUUAUUUGAGGAAAAGUGAAGAAACGCAACGUGGCAAAAUCCGAUUUUUUGUUUUUUUAAAGAGACGCCAAAAGUCUCACAACUACGGGCAGAAGCCUCAUCUGUUUUACUAGCGCCAUUUUUGAUAAUAUUAACAUUUUAACAAAAUAAGUUAAUCAUCAAACAAGAAUAGUCAGAAAGUAAUGUUAAUAAUAAUUUUGUUUAUUAUCAAAUAUUUAUUUUGAAAGAAUAAGAAGAUAAAUUCAAUGUGAAUUAACAAAUAUAAUUUUGUCCGCGGCGCCAUCUAUGAGUCACAGUUAACACUUGCCGAUGACGCUCCUUCAAAAACAACAUCAGCCCGCCUGUUGCUUCUCGCUGAAAAAGUUUCUUUUCACAAUAUCCUUGUUUCUUGUUUUUUACUGAAAAAAGAAUCACAUGCUGUUAUCGUGGUGAAUUUUUCAGGAUUCUUAAUCUGCUGUUAAACUUCCAAAAAAGUCCAUGGAUCACGUCUUGUGAGGUAACUUUCCCCAACAACCGGUUACGUUCAGAGGCUUGUUGGUUAUUGUUACCUAAGUUCGUGUGAAUAUUUAACCAUAUUCAUUGAAUCCUUCUUAGUGCAACAAUACCAAAUAAGGACAAAGUGAAGCGUCUAACCCAAUGUCCAAGCAGGUGCAAUUUGAUGAAGUUCUAAACUUGCCUCCUCCCCCAAUUACAUCGAAAAGCAAUUUUUUAUCCUCAGACAAAUGGACUCGAAAUUUGUAACUCCGAGGCCUGUCCCCCAGUUCAAUCUCAUAAAUACAUUUUCCACAAAAAAGGAAAGGACACUACCUGGCCAUAAAAAACGGGCACCACCAACACCUACGCCGAUUAUUUCGGCCUAUUAUAGUUGCCCUGGCCCCCAAAAAGCUCACACAAUCUCGUUCAAGUCAAAAUCGGAUUCUGCGCUGAUUAGUAGCCCACAUUACAAUCUGUCGAAGGAAGACACGUUCUUUCGCCAAUGUUUUGAAAUCGAGGCCAACAUCGGCUCUGGAUCUUUCGGCGACGUGUUUCGUGUUCGCAGCAAAGAAGAUGGUCGAAUGUACGCCGUCAAGCGAUCACGAGUGCCGUUUCGCGGGACUACAGAUCGUAAAGAGAAGCUGGAGGAAGUUCGAAAAAUGGAGUCCCUCCCUCACCACCCCAAUUGCGUUCGUUUUUAUCAGGCGUGGGAGGAGAACCAAUUUCUCUAUAUUCAGCUUGAGCUUUGUCAGUCCAGUCUGAGUGAGAUUUCUGAAGAGCAGCAUGAGCUACCAGAGCACCUUAUCUGGGACUACAUGAUUGACUUGCUCUUGGCAAUUCAACAUUUGCAUGACAAUGACUUAAUUCACAUGGAUGUUAAACCUGAGAAUAUUUUAUUAUCAAUGGAAGGUGUUUGUAAGCUCGGGGAUUUUGGGCUCGUUGUUAACCUCAAAGAAAAUCUGUUUGACGCCACCGAGGGAGAUUCAAAGUACUUGGCUCCCGAAGUCCUGGGAGGAAUUUUCUCUAAAAAAGCAGACAUUUUCAGCCUGGGAAUUACGCUGCUCGAACUGGCCUGUGAUCUUGACCUGCCGGCCAACGGCACUUUGUGGCACGAACUGAGACAUGGUUCUCUUCCUCCCACCAUCACCAGACCAGACUUAUCCAAAGAUCUGAGUGCCGUGAUGGAAAUGAUGAUGAAUCCAGACGCUUCUAACCGUCCGUCAGCCUCUCAACUUCUGGAGCAUCCUUUGCUGCGUUCCAGAAGGCGAUGGAGGUGCCUUAAACUGGGCUGGCAAAACGCCCGCCUUUCAUUCCGCGCCAAUUUGGUUGAGCUAUUCUUCCGAUUAUUCCAGCUCUUUUUGCUCAUCUUCUUGCCCAUACGCGCUCUGGCGCGUAAAUGGCGCAAACCGGACUUUGGCUCGAAGCCGUCCACGCCUGUCACACACCGGCCACAACCCUGCAACUUCGCCAACGACUUUUCGUUCUCUGACGAUGAAGUGAGUGAUUUAUCUUCUGCAGUAAUUAGUGGAAAUGACAGCACUCUUGGGCGUCCUCUUAAUGACAGUUCACCUUUGCCACAAAACAAUAGCAUCGAACAUAGGGCUGAUGAGCAACCAGUAAGUUCUACACCUUUGGUGUUGCGUGGCGGUCGUUCUUCACGCCAUUCUUCUCUAAGAAGAUCCAUCUUCAGUCGUCCGACUGAUCACGACUCGGCUGAUGAUCCGCCUUCUAAUAAUAUGUCCUAUGUCACACCCAACAAACCGAUUCCACGGAAGUUGAACGAUUACUUUGACGCAAUCGCAUCGGAUUCGGAUUGAUUCACAUGCUAGUGAAGGAAACAAAUUUGGUGUGGGAAAAUAAUCGUAAACAAAUAUAUACAUUUCUAGCGUUUAGUAAUCUAGUCGCUCGUGUGUUUCGCCCGUUCCUUGCUAUUUAUAAUCGCCCAAUGGUUCAUCAUAUUUUUUUAAUAUGUUAACUUAGACUUUAUAAUAAUCAGUGCUUCAUUGUAAGAAAAAAGUGAACGAAAAAUCAUCAACAUUACCGGAAGUUUGCAAAUACACGUUUUUAAACCGUUA